AUGUAUGGUAUCCACGCUCGCUCAAACCAGACACCAACACGUGAACCAAUAGGUAUUUCACUUGAGCAGAUCCAUGAGAAGAUCCGCGAAUCUAUCAUGAGAAUGCCGUUUGAAUGCCAUGUGGUCCCCAAGUAUUAUGCCAUUGAAAACAGCUUAGAGGACAAAGAUGAAGAGCUGGUCGCGUUGAGGAGACAUAUUGAGAAAGUAGCGAUGGAAGAGCCUUACAUGGGAGAAGAGAUUCCACUCAGAUGGCUCUUGUUUGAGGAAGCUCUAGCUGUGGAUAAAAUCAAUUACAUGUCGUUAGAUCAGACCAAAGAAUUGACAGAGCCGGUCGGGAUGGAAUCGGAGCGUGAACUCCCCACGAUGCUGAACUUUUACCACGACCUGGGUAAUGUAGUCUACUACGGAGGCAUUGAAGACCAGCAGUCUCUCCUGCGAGACAUGGUUAUCCUGAAUCCUCAAUGGCUAAUUGAUGUCUUCAAGCAGGUCAUAACCAUUCUGGAUCCUGCAAAGAGGGAUGGGAUCGUGAGUGAUGCUUGGACCACUCUUGAGAAGGAUGGUAUCUUAGAGGAUAGGUUGAUUCAGCAUAUGUGGGAAGGCUUCUUGGAGAAGAAGGAGGCCUUAGUCGAGCUCAUGGCUAAGUUUGAUCUCAUCUGUGAGGUUCCUGUAGAACGACUACAGCAAGAUCAACAGGAUGCAGUAGACACUGAGGUAUCAAAUGAAGCAGAAAAGGUGCUACAGAAGCGGUACUAUGUUCCUUCCAGACUGACGUCCCCUUGUCCCCCAAAAGAGAAGGCACAGAUCAAAUCUUCUACAGACUUGUAUGUUGACUUCAGAGGCUUCUUACCAGAUGGGCUGUUUCAUCGGUUGAUGGCGAGAGCAGUCAGAUGGAUGGGUGAAAGAGAUGGAGAACCCGUCACUCUUUUCCAUCGUCACAUCAGUCUAAUGGUUGAUGGAGUGCACCAUGCCUUAAUAGAGAUGUUAACUCCAUGUGAAGCAACUAUCAAGGUCAUUGUAUAUCAAGGAGCGGUUGCUGGUUCUCAUCAUGAUGGGGAUAGUCACAAACCCCCUGCCCCAAGCGCUGUCAAAGAGGUGAUGGACUUUAUAACCCAAACCCUUGAUAGUCUCAUUCAGCAGUGGGCUAGGAUGAUCAAGUAUGAUGUACUCUUUCUGUGCCCGAGCUGCAGUAAGAAGAAAAUGCUUAAAGACUGCUUCAAAGGAAUGUCACUCAAGUGUGGACUACAUAACAUCAAUACAGCUGCAAUCAAGUACAAGUUCGGUAUGAGUGAGGAAGGAGUGGAGUCAGGGAACGAAAGAUUUUCGUAG